UGUUUUUUAACACCCCCCAAAAAAAAACUUUUAUUUUAACACCUCCCAAAAAUAUAAAAGUUGGAAGUUAACACCAGUUAACGAUUUCCGUCACGGAAAUUUAACGUGGGUCCCACAAAUUGGCUUGAACUUCAAUUUUCACCCAGCAAAACACGAAACUUCUUUCUUCAUUGAAUUCGCAGCAACCUUCUGCAUUGAAUUCUUUCUGAACCUUCAUUGAUUUCGCUUUUGAACCAAAGGAGAUCUUGGCUGAGAAGUGGAGUGUAGGGUGGUGUCAACGUUGGAGAAGAUAAGCUCAGGAGGGUUUCUUCAUCAUCUUCUUCAACUACAAAAGUGCGAAAGCCGCUUGAAAUUCACAGAAAAUAAGGUAAAAUUGCUCUCCUUUGAUAGCAAUUUCGUCAAUUACUGGUGCUUCAUUGCUGUAAACCUUGCAAUAAUUGGGUAAUUAGGGUAAAUUUUGGGACCACAGUAGGAAAGCCUUGAUAAAUCAAUUUCUGUAACUGACUAUGCGACUUAGGUUAAUUGGAUUUCGUAAUUGAAAGUAGAGAUUAAUUAAGGUGGUUUAUUGUUAAUUAAACUAGCAAGUGUGGUUUGUUGAUUAAUUUAUGUUACUGAGCACCUACAUUGGCUUGUAUAUGUUUAUUUUCAAUUUUUUUAUGUGUUUGUUUGUGUGGCUGUGAUGGAUUUGUUUAUUCGUAUUGUGCAUGUAUAGUUACAUGGCUUUUAAUAUGUUUUAUAUGUUUUUCACUGGUGGGUAGAUAAUGGGUGACAAGGAUAGUUUGGUUGACAUCUGCCUUAGAGUGGGAGGUGCUUUUGUCCCUAAAAGAGUAACCAAAAACAGGCAGCUGCUGUGUUGGUGUGGUGGUUGGUGUUACUGGAAGAGGAAGGUUCAAGUAUCUAAGUUGGAUGUGCAUUUGAUUAGAACAGCUGCAAUUCAUGGUUUUGUUAAUGGUGAUAUGGAUGUGCCUAUGCAUUACAGCUGUUGGUAUAGGCAGAAGGGGAAAACCUUUAACACUGGGAAAAGGGAACUAGUUAACAGUGAAGAGGUUAAGGGCCUUUUGGAGACAGUAAAUGAAGAGGGGUAUGUUGAGGUUUUUGUAACAACAGAAGCUCCUAGUCAGCCCAUACAAGAGGCCCAACCCAAUCCUGCAAAGACAAAAAAAAAGGAUAAGAAGGUAGAAAGUUCAAAUACAUCGACUAUUAGGAGGAGCCCUAGGUUUAAGAAGACAGAAACUGAACAAAGGGAGGAGAGUCCACCUAGGAAAGCCUCAGCUAAUGCUAAAGUGUUGAGGUUUGAUGAAGAAAAGGAUGAUGGAUGUGAAGGAUCUGGUUAUUCAAGUUCAGACUUUGUGGCUAGGUCCUGUGUGGUGCAGCCAUCCAGAGGGAAUACAUUUGAGGUGCAGCUGAAGGAUGACCAGGUGUUGGUUGAUUUGGACAAGGAGACCUGCACAUGUUACCAUUGGGAACUCACUGGCAUUCCAUGUGUUCAUGCUUAUGCCUGCAUAUUGGAUAUGAGGGGUGACAUAGAGGCUGUUGUUGACCCAUACUAUACCAUGGACACAUACAGGUCUGCUUAUGAACCAGCUGUCCAACCAAUGCCUGGCCCAAAGCACUGGGAGAGAGUCAGAAUGAGGGAACCACUACCCCCUUCUGUUAAGGUGCAACCUGGGAGACCAAAGAGCAAAAAAAGGAAGCUUGAGCCAGGAGAAUGUUCUUCUUCAGGUGGUCAGGCAAGUACCAAGAGGAAGAAGCAAUGCAGCAACUGUGGGGGAUAUAGGCAUUAUGCCAAGACUUGCAAAGUACCUGCUGCACCAGCUACAGAGCUGAUAAAGUCAGCAGGCAGACCCCCACUGAACACUCCUUGGAUGGUGGAGGAGAGGAAGAAGAAAGAGAUUAGGGCUGCUAAAAAGAGUGCAAUUGGGGCUGGACCAAACAGCAUAGGAAACAAAAAGUUUCCUCAAGAGCAAGAAGGUUGUCUGCCAUUCAGCAAGCGCCCACAGCCACAGUCUUCCUCAGCUAAGCAUUCCUCAGCUCAGCCAUCCUCUAGUCAGCCAUCCUCAGCUCAGCCUUCCUCAAGUCAGCCUGCCUCAAGCCAACCAAAAAGAAAGACAAGGUCUUCCUCAAGUCAGCCUACAACAGCCACAGGUGUUGUAACAAGGGCCAGGCUGCAAUCCCUCAACAACCUUACUCAGUGAUGUACUCAUGCUGGAUAUCAAACAUUAUGUCUGUUGAACAAUUUCAAACUUUUAUUAUGUACUCAUGACUGGUUAUGUAACUUGCUAGUUUUUUAGUGGCUUCCCUUAACAAAUUUGAACAAUUAGAUAUUGAAUUGUAAUGGUUGCAUGGCUUUGAUUGCCAUUGAAACAUGUUGAAGUAA